GCCGCACUCCUCCUCGGGCUGAAGCCGCCGCACCGCAGCCCGCUGGUGAUGGGCUCUGCUGCUUCGAUAAUCUCACUUCCUGUCGGCCAUGUUGAGGGGCGGAAGUUUAUUAGGGGAACCCGUUCCUCCGGGCGGCCGCCAUUUUGAGGGGCGUUUCUCGUGGGGUGCUUUUCCGGCGCGGCCUCCCUCCUCAUUGGGAGGAAGUCACGGGACGUGAGGCCGCAGCACCCCCGCCCGCCUAAGGCCGAACGCUCUGGCGUGGCCUGGCUCGUUCAGCCCCUGUCUCUCCCGUCCCAGCUCUAGCUGCGGAGAAACCUGCGGCUCCAGCAGCAGCUCUGCCCAACAGUCAAGAGCUGGAUCUGUCGAUCCGCUCCCAGCUCCCUCUUUCUUCCCCUCUACCCCCUUUUCUAUCCUUCCUUCUCCCUAUCCUCCCUCCGUCCCCUUUCCCCCAGAGGCGGGGGCUCGCAGUGAGCGGAGAUCCACCAGUUCCCCUGAAAGUCCGCUUGCCCCGUUUUCUACCACUUCCCUCCAGGCAUCUCAGCAAAGCAAGGGUCAAGCGAUGGGUCGCAGGAACAAUUUAUGUAGUGGGGGGAGGGUGCUGAGAGCCAUUGAACCGAACUGUAAACCCGGAAUGUGAUGGGAACCACGUCAAAGGAGGGGGUGCAGCAGCUCACCUAGCUCCCGCAUCUAUGGGAGAGUGGCAGUGGCUGCCCCAGCGAGUCCAGGGGGAGGGGGAAGCCCUCCCCAAAAAGGAGCGAGCAGGGUGGGUCCUUGCUGCCCUGGGGAUUUGCUGGGCUAUAGUCUCUGCAAUAGGCUUUAAAAAAGGCUCACCCCAACCCUCCUCCUCCCCCUGAUGGUGCUGCUGGAAGCUCUUGGAUCGAAUAUGACCCCCAUAUGUAGCUUUGGAAAAUCCAGCAGUUACGAGAGCCGAGAGCAUUGGAAAUGGUUCUGGGAAGCUUCUCACAGGACUCUGAAAUGUGAAUGGCUUGUGAAAGGAGCUAGCAACAAAAGUGACGCUGAUUGGGCCUUGCAUUGCUCCUGUUGAGGGCAAUGCACAAGCUAGACCCACACAAGCAUGCCAGUGAAGGCAAUGAGGUGGACUUGGAGUGCAGAGUUCUUUUCUUGGCUUUCUUGCCUGAAUUUGGACAAGCUGUUACACACGCUAAACCUGACUCCCAUGAGUAACCCCUUGAAGUCACUGGAACUACACAUUGUAUAAAGUUGCUCCCAAACGGCCCUUGGGACGUUUGUGGAGGGAGCAGUUUGGAUCCGCCUGUAACAACCCCUCUGCUAAGAAAUCCCCGCCAAGAGCAGCUGCUGCAAUCCACACAAUUGGCUCAGGGGAUGGUCUCCACGAGCUGGUUGAGACUAAUCAAGCUAUUCGGACCAGAAAGAAGAUAGCAGGCGUCUGUAUGACCUAAUCAGGAAGUGUAACAAUCUAGUCAAGAAACCAAAACACCAAACGAUCAAGAGAAUGGCAGAAAAUGGAGACCAGGAUCCUCACCGGACCUACCCGGCCCAAGAAUUGAUGAGAAGAGAGGAGGAGAGGACUUCCCAGGUCCAAGAAGAUGAAAAUGUAUUGAGGAUCCACCAAGAAAAGAUGAUUGAAGAUUCUGGUUCUGUCCAACUGAAAACCUCCCCAGAAAUAGAAACACUAGGUCCCCUAGAGACAAACAGUGCGUCUGGAAGCCCCUCCGCAGUAAAUGAAGAGGAUUCCUCAGAGGGAAGGCCAGUGAGUUCUGAUGGAAUUUCUCUGAAAACAAACACUGAGGAGUCUCCAGGUCUUCUGAACCUUAACACAAUGAGUUUACCAGACUAUUCCCUAGACAAAGACCUGGUAUCUUCCUUAGGUGAAAGGAAAACACAUUCAGUGCCAGUUGCUCUGGAGGAGAAAAUCAUAGGGGAACCCCCAACAGAAGAGGAGAACAGUGUACCCACCCCCAGAGGAGAGCCACGAGAUACCAUAAUCCAAGAAACUACACUUCCAUCUGCAGACUUCCUGGAACCAAUGAAAGAGAGUAUCUCAAACAAGGAGGGAGAGAGACCCCAAGACACAGCAAGGAAGAGACACUUGACUGAAGCGGGGAAGUUAGAGGCUGAAGCCCAUCCACAAGAGACAGAGACCAGGGAGGAAGCAACGCCAGAGAAGGAGAAGUCCUUUUUAGGAAAUGGUCUUGCCUCUCCUGCAGCUUCACUGGGAGUCCUGGUAGUUGUGGUUUGUUUCAGCAUAUAUUGCAAUGGCUACUAUACUUCCCAGCCCCACCAUAUGCCAAAAAAUCCAGCCUUGGAGGCCUUCUUGUCCGGGUUUAACCAGCUGAAGGACAGCUUUCCGGGCCAGAGCUCUUACCUGUGGGUUAGAGGGCGAAAAUUAUUGCAGAGGCAUCUCAACACUUCCAGUCAUAGCGAGCCAGCUAUUUUAAUCUUUACUGCUGCCCGUGAAGGUGAAGAAACCUUAAAGUGCCUGAGCAACCGUAUUGCAGAUGCCUACUCCACCUCACUCCGUGCCAGUACCAUCCAGGUUGACGGGGCUGGUAAAGCCACUCUCAACAGCGACAAAGCUAAACUGGAGGUAGAUUAUGAGCUGAGCACCGGCUUUGAGGAGGGCAAGAGGGCCGCAGUGGUGCACCGGUUCGAGUCGCUACCAGCUGGCUCCACCUUGAUCUUUUACAAGUACUGCGACCAUGAGAGCGCGGCCUUCAAAGACGUGGCACUGCUCUUAACAGUCCUGCUGGAGGAAGAGAAGCUGGAGGCUAAUAUAGGCCUACAGCAAGUCGAGGAGAGAGUCCGUGAUUUCCUCUGGGCCAAAUUCACCAAUGCCAACACUCCCAGCUCCUACAACCACAUGGACACCGACAAACUGAGUGGGUUGUGGAGCCGCAUCUCCCACCUGGUACUGCCCAUCCAUCCAGUAAAAGCCAUAGAGAACAAUGGCUGUUCUUUCCAAAUCAAACCAUAGUGGUGAAUGAAAUCAGCUUCCAGGACAGCCAAAGCCUUUGUGUAGAGGAGGCAAGUUAUUACUAAGCCAGGGAUCUGGAGCCAUUAAUGAACAAUAAGCUUACUUUAUAAUAGCAUGACACUGUCACAUCUAUUUUUACCUCUUGGAAAGAUUUUAUAAUUUUCAAAGUGAGACCCAAUGGCGCAGGCGUUAACUGGCUAAGCCAGGGGUAGGCAACCUAUGGCAUGCGUGCCAAAGGUGGCGCACAAGCUGAUUUUCAGUGGCAAUCACACUUCCCAGGUCCUGGCCACCAGUCCGGGGGGGCUCUGCAUUUUAAUAUAAUUU